CUACGUAGAGAAAUUGUGUUAAUUGCUUUACACGCGCAAGUGCGAAAUUGCUUUUUGUUCGUCCUUACCAUUAUGUAAAAAGGUGUUGGUAGAAACUGACUAGGGUGUAAUGACCUUCCAUAUAUGGACCUACUGUAUAUAGAAACUGAAGAGGCAACAAUGUAGGAACAGAUCCACCUGCUUAAGGAACCACUAUCCACUCAAUACUGAAAAUCGAGCCUCUUACCUCUGAACCCAUCCAUGCUUGUCUGAAUUUGGUAGAAAAACACCAGUCAAACAUGAAGACUGUUGAAACAGAAUAAUAAUAGAAGUUAUAUACUCUGAUAGAGCUUCAGUUCCUCUGUGACUUCACUCUUGGCAAUCAUAAAGUUAAGUUCAAACCUUUAUAAGCUCUUUGACCGUUGUUCAUGAAUGUUGUUGGUUACUCCGUAGUUGCUAGGUGCUGAGUACUGAACACAUGGAGUUAUACCUUAUCCCUUCGCAAUGUCCAGUCUUGGUUGUGUUGCUUUUGACAUAAAGCAUGCUUUGCUGGAUUACGAGUCUUGGAGCUCUCAUGGUAACAACCUAAGCGGGCAUGCUUUACCUCAAGAUUCCACGUCGCUUUGUGUAUUGUUGGGAUUGAGCCUGAAAAUUCCAGUGUCACUUCGAUGCACCUGGCAGUGUAUCACGGCUUAUUCAAUUUUAUUUGACUCAUGAUGCCACUCCUUGCAGGACUCCGCUUUUCAUUCAGGAUGUGUUGAAGAACGGGGAAGAGGGCGAAGGUGAAGUGGUUGCACCACCAGAAAGGUCCUUCUGGGCUAAAUACGUAAGGAUUCUGUUCAAAUCCUUCUUAAUUUCUCCAGAUGGUGCAACACCACUAGAAAUUUACUUAUGGUGAAACAGCGUAGUAUCCAAGUAAUCGUGCUAAUAAAUAUCCCUUUUGAAUUUUCCCCCCAGUGGAUGUACGUGAUACCUUUGGGUCUCAUAGUGAUGAACGCCGUAACCCAAGCCAUGAACAUGCCCGAGGAGCAAGCCUCCGGGCAGCCAGGUGGAGCGCCUGCAGCACCCGGAGCUGUGCAGCGUGCUCCAAGUUCUGCUGCCAGAAGAAGAUAGAAAGUCUGUGUUUCACGGCAGGAGAGAGCAGUCCUCCCCGAGCCUUGUCCAAGCGACCUUUAACGUUCAUACUCUCGCAUCCACAUUACGAUCCAACUCUCGUGGUUGCCCAUUUCCUAGGAUACUCUGGUUUUGUAAAUGUUCUUGAACCCACUACACUGUUAGAAUUCGGUAUGAAGCUGCUUUGCAGUUCGCCUGGGAAAAUUUCCUGACUGUUAGGGUUUUAAGAUUAUAGAUUUUGGUUCGGUUGCCAUAUCUGAUAUCUCUCAAGGUCUCCGGAUGCAUUUCCAAAAAAAACAGCCAUUUAAAAUAGGAGUUGGAUCGUCAAAACUUUUCUCCGGCGACUGUUUAACAGUUUAACGGCCGGCAAUCUAACUGUAGUAACAGAAGGUGGCCUCUCGUGCAAGAAAAGAAACUCCGUCAUUUACUUUUUUAUUUUUUAUUUUUUUCAUUUACUUAUUACUUUCCCGUUAAGCCCCUCAGACCUCUAAAACCCUACAUACAGCCUCCAACCUUUCAUUUCAUUUGAGCAGGUAGCGGCGGCGACGGUGCCAAAACCCUUUCCUCCGCCGUGAUUCUUUACUCCCACAUCUCAAUCAGCACAAUCCGCCGUCUUGUAUCGCGUUCCCACUCGUCUCCAGCGGAUCGUCGCCGGAGCAAGGGAAGGAAAAGCAAGAGAGUAGUAGCGCCGAAGAAAUUUUGAGAUUCUUCGAUGGCGGAAAGCGGCGAACAGAAGAGCAGCGGAGGCGACGCCUCGCCGAGCUCGGAGACGAAGAUCGAGCCGUUCAGGAUGCCGACGGUGGAGGAGAUGCGAGCCCAGGACGUGUGGAACAACUGCGCGAUCCGAAGCGCGUUCAGCGGCGUGGUCGGCGGCGGGCUGGGGAUCUUCAUGGGCUUCCUCCUCGGCGCGCUCGACAACCCGCUGAUGCACGAUCCGGACAUGAGCGCCAAGAAGCAGUUCGUCUUCACCGCCAAGCAGAUGGGCAGCCGGAGCUGGAGCAACUGCAAGACGUUCGCCCUCAUGGGCCUGGUCUUCUCCGCCGCCGAGUGCGUCGUCGAGAAGGCCCGCGCCAAGCACGACGUCACCAACACCGCCGUCGCCGGCUGCGUCACGGGCGGCGCCAUGUCCGCCAGGGCCGGCCCUCAGGCCGCGUGCUACGGCUGCGCCGGGUUCGCUGCUUUCUCGGUACUGAUCGAGAAGUUCAUCGAUCGCCAUACUUGAAGAAAGUGAAUUGUUGUCUUUGGCUGUAAUUUUUUGGGCACAUCUGUUAAGCCUUAGGGUGAGAAUUCCAGUUUGUUUUUCGAGCUGUAGUUUUGUAUGGUUUCAUUUCAUACUAUUCUCAUAAAUUACACAGUGGCAG